AUGAUUGCGGAAAUCGAAAGUACCAUUGGUCCCAUUCAAGUAGCCGUGUACAAUUUGGGAGCUCAAAUUGGACACAAGAGUCUUGUGGAAACCUCGCACAAAACUUUCGAAUUGGGAUGGCGAUUGGGGACCUUUGGCUUGUUUCGAUUGUCCAAGUGUCUUUUGCCUCGCAUGGUACAACGCCACAAUGGAACCUUGUUGGUGACCAGUGCCACGGCGGCCAUUCGAGGCAAUCCGGGACAACACUCGCAUGCUGCCGCCAUGGGAGGGAGACGUCUUUUGUGUCAAUCACUGCAUGCCGAAUACGCUCAUCAAGGAAUUCAUGUGGUUCACAUUGUGGUGGAUGGACCCGUCCUUGCACCCGAUACAUUGGGGAAAAUGCUAGGUCCACAGAAAUUUGCCUCCCUCCAGUCCAGUCGUCUCUUGAUUGCUCCCAAGGCAGUUGCAGAGACCUAUUGGCAUCUAGCACACCAACCUCCUUCGGCGAGAACGUUCGAGCUGGAUCUACGAAGCCAACAGGAUGUGCCUUGGUGGAAUUCAAUAUCAGCAAUCAGUAAACUGUGA